GGGACGGUACAGCCAGUGGUGUGUCCUGAACGUCAUAUGGGCCGCCAGGCUGCCAUUGGCUCCACUGCGCUCACCAGACAGAUUGUUUUGACCGCUCGCCUGUCUGCGCCGUAUGAAUAGAUCCGUGCAGGAUGUGACCUAAUAAUUUAGCAAACAAUGUAACGCAGCGACAGCGGAACAGAAUCGGCAGCAAACUUGUAUAUUAAACAAACAUCUUUGCAGAACGCAGACUUUAAUGGUGCUGGAUGUAUACCUUGAAUGGUGAUUAUAACAUAGGUCCACGCCACGAAACACCCCUGAACCAGAUGUCAAGGAUUGAGGAGGCCUGCUGGACGUGCAGCUGCGCCCGGGCUCGAAGGUCUGAGAGCAACUCCGGCAGCACGUUACUGGUGGCAAAGGUCCACGAAAUGAUGACCAUCCUCACCUCGGUCCUGGCGAGUGCCUACUGCUCCCUAGCCAGCGGUAACACCAUGAACUUACUGCGGCGGGGACUGGUGCUGUUCACCGUGGGAGUCUUCCUGGCUCUCGUGUUAAACCUGCUGCAGAUUCAGAGACACGUCACCCUGUUCCCCGAAGAAGUCAUCGCCACAAUCUUCUCUUCUGCCUGGUGGGUGCCACCUUGUUGCGGCACGGCUGCAGCUGUGGUGGGUCUGCUGUACCCCUGCAUCGACAGCCACCUCGGAGAGCCGCACAAGUUCAAACGGGAAUGGGCGAGCGUCAUGAGAUGUGUUGCAGUCUUUGUCGGCAUUAACCACGCCAGCGCCAAAUUAGAUUUUGCCAAUAACAUGCAGUUGUCAUUGACCCUGGCUGCCCUCUCACUGGGUCUGUGGUGGACAUUUGAUCGCUCUAGAAGUGGAUUUGGACUUGGCCUUACAAUAGCCUUUGUGGCAACCUUGGUCACUCAACUGUUAGUGUACAACGGUGUUUACCAGUACACCUCACCAGACUUUCUGUACAUUCGCUCCUGGCUACCCUGUAUAUUCUUCUCAGGAGGAGUGACCGUGGGAAACAUAGGAAGGCAGCUGGCUAUGGGAGUCACUGAAAUCGCACACAAGGACUGCCUUGAUAAGAUGCACAAGGAUUGAACAAAUGAGUGUGAUCGACAGGAGUGAUGAUGAUUCCAGUGUAGAUGCUUUGUGUGUGAGUGUGCUCGUAUAUAGACCAACGUGAGCCGUAGGUCCAUAUAUGUUGGAGCUUGCGAUUUACUGCAUGAUAUUCAUAAAAGGGAAGAUUUGCAAUCUGUGAUUGCCUUCGUACAAUUGAUUCAUUUCAUAGUGUCAAAGUUUUGUGUCUGCAAUCUGUACAUACUGAGUCUGGUGGGCACACAUCAUUUAAUCUAAUAUGACCUGCAAUGCCAUUCCUGCUCUUGCUACAACAGACCUAAUUAGCAAGUAUUAGGUCGGAUUGAUGGAAGUUCAGUGUCCACAAGCUUCUUGUAUAUCCGUACUUUUGUUUCCUUAUUUAUUUUUCCUUUUCAAGUUCAUUUGUAGCAUAAAAAUACAGCUGGGCCUCCCCACUCUUCAUUCUGCAUGGGAAUAAAGAAAGAUCCUGUUUUCCUUUCUCCAAGCUCUUGUUCACUACCUGCAAGUGACAAUAGUAUUUGCCGGACUUCCUCGUGUGCCACAAUAUGGAUGUAUGUGCAGGCUUACAAUGGAAGGUAUGUGUACGGUGCCAAACAGAAGGAAAUGAACUUCCUCAAGCUGGGGUGAACCAGUAUCAGGACAGUCAUAGAGUGAAGCUUUGCACUGGCCCCUGAAUUCUACAGUAUACAGAAGCAGGGACACGAUAAUUCCAACGCUCCUGGCCAAAUGGAUCAUUGUCUGCUGCUCCACUCAUAGAGUGAAGUAAUUUUUAUUUUUGUAUGUUUAUCCAUUGUUUCUGAUCUGAACCAAUCAUUAUUUGCACGCCUGUCAAUAGGACGAUUGUCUGAUUUUGUAAAUUAAAUCCAUUUUGGGUUCUUUUCUCCUCCCUUGCUGUUCUCAAUAAAAAUGUUCAAGUAAU